UCGAAAACAAAAGUUUCGAUAGUUCGAAACUCUUCUAGAGGCCCUUGAUAAUGCCUGCUUUAAUGGCAGCUUGCCCCGUUGAGUGCGAAUUUUUUUUACAAGCCGGGCAGCAAGCAGCGAAGCAGAGCGCCAUGACCGCGACUAAAGAUCCCAAGGAGCAGGGCCCAACAACAGCGACGGGCCAGAAGAAUGGCUCAGCCGGCGGUUUGAUGAAGCGUCUGCGACGCUCCGCCUCGGUGACGGAGCACAAUCUGAGCAGUCUGCGGGAUCGCAAGUCCACGCAGAAUCUCUUCGAUCAGCACGGCAAUCCGAUUGAUCUGCGGCAGUAUCGCAAGGUGCUGGACAAGGACGAGAACGGCAAUGGCACCAGCGAAAAGAAGCUACGCUAUAGACGCACCCAAAGCGUAACACGCGCCGAGGAGAUAACCAACAAGGAGGCCAAACAGCGCAAGGCACAGCCCGACAAGCCCAUACAUCGUCCCCGCGACUCGCUCUUCUCAUGGAGCUCGGGCUUCACCAAUUUCACGGGCCUGGUCAACUGGGGUUUCCUGCUGCUCUGCAUAGGCGGACUGCGCCUGGGCUUGGAGAAUUUGCUCAAAUACGGCGUACGCAUCAAUCCCAUUGACUGGUAUUUCUUUGUGAGCGGUCGCAACGAGGGCGAAGGUCACAAUGCCCUGCUCCUAAUCAUCUACUCUUUGGUUCACAUAUCCCUGUGUCUGGCUGUCGAAAAAGGCUUGGCCCUGGAAAUAAUAUCCGAGGGCCUUGGCAUGGUUAUUCAGACUAUAAAUAUAAUUGUAUCGGUUUGUUUGCCUGUGGUGAUUAUACAUCUUAAAGGAUCCGCCUUCAGCAUAAUGGGUGCAACAACUGUGUGUUUCUAUUAUUCUGUGCUGUUCUUGAAGCUCUGGAGUUACGUGCAGACUAAUAUGUGGUGUCGGAAGACCUACUACCAGCGGCAGCCGCGUGAGCGACGACCAAGCAUCUCUCUAGCCGAGCUCAAAAGAAAGCAUCCCAAUAGUAGCGACGAUGACGAAGAGAUAACCAAGCUGGUACAAUAUCCAGAAAAUUUGAGUUACAAAGACAUCCUGUACUUUUUAUGCGCACCAACUCUUUGCUAUGAGCUCAAUUUUCCUCGCACAUCACGCGUUCGCAAGCGUUUCUUGCUAAAACGUCUGUUAGAAGUGCUUAUUGGUGUGAAUGUGUUAAUGGCCUUGUUCCAGCAGUGGAUUAUACCCUCGGUGCGCAAUUCUUUGAUACCCUUUUCUAACAUGGACAUGGCAUUAGCCACUGAACGUCUGCUGAAACUUGCGCUUCCUAAUCACUUGGUCUGGCUGUGCUUUUUCUAUCUCUUAUUCCAUUCAUUUUUGAACGCCAUCGGCGAAGUACUUAACUUUGCCGACCGCAAUUUCUACUGUGACUGGUGGAACGCCAAUAAUAUUGAUACAUUUUGGCGUACUUGGAACAUGCCGGUUCAUAGGUGGUGUGUCCGUCACCUGUACAUUCCCGUCGUACAAAUGGGUUAUUCGUCGCGUCAAGCAUCCACGAUAGUGUUCUUAUUCAGCGCCUUUUUCCACGAGUACCUGGUUUCGGUACCCUUACAAACGUACAAAAUUUGGGCUUUCCUUGGUAUGAUGGGCCAAAUACCGUUAUCAGCUAUAUCGAGGUAUAUUGAGCGUCGAUUGGGUCCACGCAUGGGCAAUAUUAUCGUUUGGGCGUCAAUUAUCCUGGGUCAACCACUGUGCAUCAUGGCGUAUUAUCAUGACUACGUCGUAACACAUUUCCAGAAUGCGCUUAAUAGCACUGACCAUAGUUAGACUUUGGGUAAUAUAAUCUGGUCUGUACUUUUUUAAUGAUAAGCCAAAUGCAAGUUGAGGAAACUUGAUGCCACAUACAAGUCAAUUUUGUAGUUUUGAACGAGUAGUACUGAGUAACAUAAAUCGAUUGUUAUUUAAUGCAUUUUGUUAAUGAUUUUAGGCAUUAUGUAAAUAAA